AUGCGCUUCGCUGCCCUCAUUGCCGUUCUCGUCACUGUAGAAGGUCUGACUGGCCGUACAGCCGAUGAGGUUGAGCCUAUUGGACAGUACUGUGAGAGCUCAUGCUCGCAGACUGUGGGUUGCACUGAGUCCUACUGUAAAAACAAUGGUGUUUGUUUCGGCCUUUACCAUAGGGAUGAGGGUAAAUGCUUCCAGCCAGCCUCUGAUUACAACGCUGAUUGCGACGACUCUGUUCUACAACCCGUUCUCUGUCACGAGACCCCCCCAGUGUGUUUUGGCAUCAUCGUCAAGGAGGAUGGCAGCCUCUGUCACGCCAGUGGCGACGAGGAAUGUGUCGGAGAACCCUACCCAUGUCAUAUGGUGACCGUUGGUCCUACUCCCGUGACCACCGAAUAUCCUUUAUCUAACACGACUGAGGCUGUUGACACCACUGAGGUUGUCGACACCACUGAGUAUGUUGAUACCACUGAGUAUGUUGAUACCACUGAGGUUGUUGAUACUACUGCUCCUCAUAAUACUACCGUUCCAACCGAUGGUAUCGUCGGAACGUGGUGUGGUGAUUCGCCGUUUGGAUAUUUGGAGUUGUUAUUCGAUACUUAUUCAGUCUCUAUCUACUUGGCUGGUCAGUAUUUCCACUCUGAAUAUAAUUUGAACGAGAGGGAAGUAAUUCUGGUCAAUCCUGAUAAUAACUUGACCACCUUCCUACGUGAGAUGAAUUCUCAAAUGAUUACUGAGUACUACGCGUACGAGAUGUAUAUCGAAUUCGUCGAGGUGACAACUGUCGUCGCUGUCAAGUGUUCCUAA